AAAAACAUGCAAGUUAAAACCACUAGUAUUCCACCCUGAUUCCUUGUUGUUCUCAGGUUGCCAAUGGAAGUAGAGAUCAAGCUUAGUCUACCAGACUCAACCACUCACCAGAAGCUCUCCAACUUGCUCGCUCCUUUCCACACAAAAACUUUAAUCCAAGAAAACAUCUUCUUUGAUGGCACAAAUGAAGAGCUCACAUCCAACCUUGCAGUUCUCAGAAUUCGGUUCUACAACUUGGAAAACUGUGUCCUCUCCUUGAAGGCUAAACCAGUAAUCUCAGGUGGAAUCAGCCGCAUGGAGGAGCAUGAAGAGCCAUUUGACCCUGCACUUGGUCGUGCAUGCAUUGCUGAGCCAUGGAGACUCUUAUCUGUGGAUUCAUCAGAGAUACUGAAGAGGGUGAGAGAUGAAUACCAUGUUGGAGAAAAUGGGGUCGUGUGCUUAGGUGGGUUUAGGAAUGUGAGGGCUGUGCAUGAGUGGAAAGGGUUGAAACUGGAACUUGAUGAGACCAACUAUGAUUUUGGGACAUGCUAUGAGUUAGAAUGUGAAAGUGCUGACCCAGAGAGACACAAGAAACUGCUUGAAGAGUUUCUUAAAGGGAAUGGAAUCAAUUAUUCAUAUUCUAAAGUUUCUAAAUUUGCUGUUUUUCAGUCAAGGAAGUUGCCUGAGUAAGGAAAAGUCUCCUCAGUUGUUCUCCCUGAAGCAGAUAUGUCCGACAGAAGGUCGGGUCUUUGAUGUUGGAUCUAGAACUUUUUCUCUAGAUACCUAUGAAUUAGGUAUCUUGGAGACAGCUGAUCACUACACACUAUAUGAUGGCUUUAGCCAGAAGGGGUGUGUGUGUGCACUGUCGUGUCUUCAAUCAAAUAGGGUUAGAGAGAUCAGUCAUACAUGUGGUCUUUACUCCUAUUUAUAGAACUUACUUCUGGGCUGACGUUGGUUGGGCUUCAUAUCGCUGUGGGUCUUUCUCUGGUGCAUAACAUCAGUAAUUAGUAUUGUUGAAUGCAUGAUGUUAUGCUUUUUUUCUUAGUAUAUAUAAUAUUAUUCUUUUAAAUACUCUGUGUAUUA